AACUUGACGAGACUAAUUAAUUUUUUUGUAUUAACGAAAACUUAUUACAAUGCUAGAUUCGAACAAAACAUGGCCACAAUACGCCGCUGUUAUGACAGCUCUAAUAGCAAUGGUAAACGCGGGCAUCCAUUUCGGCUGGCCCAGCCCAAGUGUUCCAAAAAUUCUCUCAAGCGAAUACAAAUUCAACAUUACUUCCUCGGAGGCGUCUUACAUUACAAUAAUAGGUCCUUUUGGCGAUAUCUUCGGAAGCAUUUUGUAUCCUUCACUUAUAGAUCAUAUAGGAAGGAAGAAAACGAUUUUACUGAUCGCCAUUCCACAGAUCACCUCGAUGGGUUUGGUAUAUUUUUCCUUUCUCUCUAAAUAUCUAUUAUACGUAGCCAGAUUUAUCGGAGGAUUAGCCGAAGCCGCUUGUUUCACCAUCCUACCAGUGUAUAUCGGAGAGGUGUCAGAACCGAACGUACGCGGCGUCCUCGGCUCUCUCUUCUCCCUCGUCUUCAUCCUCGGCGUCUUCAUCGUCAACAUCAUCGGCUCGUACGUCACCAUCCACACCGCCGCCCUGCUCUUCAUCAUCCUUCCCGUCACCUUCGCCUGUCUCUUUUCCCGGAUGCCGGAGAGCCCCUACUACCUCAUCAUGAAGUCGAACCUCCAGGAGGCAGAGAGCAGUCUGCGCGCGUUGAGGCGCCGCGACGACGUACGUCAGGAGCUGGAGCGCCUCGUCGGCGACGUCAACAGACAGAUGUCCGAGCCGGGGAGUUACAAGGACCUGUACAGGAUCCAGAGCAACCGCAUGGCGUGCCUGAUCAUGUUCGGUUUGCGGGUGUUCCAGCAGCUGAGCGGCACGACGGCCAUAUCGUUGUACAUGCAGAUCAUCUUCGCCAAAUCGACGGACGUCAUGGCGAAGGAUUUGGCGUCGAUUUUGAUAUUCGGGCUGCAGUUGAGCGUUAAUUUCACAGCAGUAUUGAUCGUGGAUAAAAUUGGUAGGAAACCGCUGUUGGUGAUAUCGUGUAUCGGUUGCGCGUGCAAUUUGGCUACGUUGGGGCUCUAUUUCACGCUGCAGGAAGUGGUGCGGAUGAAUUUGGCUCGAGUGAAUUUCCUUCCGUUGGCUUGCGUGGUGUUUUUCACCAUUUCCUUCGCCAUCGGUCAGGGUAACGUGGUGAAUUUGAUGACCAGCGAGAUGUUUUCGUCGAGCAUCAAGGCGAAGGCGACGUGUUUGAUGAACAUUCUGUUCGCUUUGUUCAUGAUGUCUACGACCAAGUUCUUCCAAUUGACCGCCGAUAGCUUCGGAAUGUUUGUUCCCUUUUUCUUUUUUGCAUUGUGUCAAAUUGUGGGUGCGCUGUUUUCGUACUAUAUCGUACCGGAGACCAAGGGGAAGAGCUUGGAGGAGAUACAGCAGAAAUUGAAGAAAACAUAAAGUGUUUUAUUCUAUCAUAAGUACUUUUCCAUUUGACUAUAUCUAGAGAUCUAUCGCGUUGAAUAAGAGUGAAAAGACUGUUUUCUUUAUUACCUACCAUUGUCAAUAAUAUUAAUAAUUGUAUCAUAUUAUUAAUAAUAAUGAAAUAAACUUAAGCUAAGUAUCUACUGUAUGUGAG